GGCUCCCGCCUCUUUCCAGCACCGCUCCUGAAUUGCCAGCAGGCGCGUCAAUCACGGGCAGAGCUGCUUCUGCUGCGCUCUUCCUGCUUCCGGUUCGCGGAGCGGGUGGAGGAAGCCGGUCGGGACCACGGAGGGGGCUGCUGUAGGCCGGCGCCGUCCGCGGUCCCUGGGCCGCUCCGCCAGCGCCGAGCGCGCAGCAUGGGACGCCCCUGAUCGGCGGAUCGCUCUUCUGUAGGCUCGGCCGUGCCCUCUGUGGGGACGCCGGACGGGUCCGUUGCGGCAGCAGGAUGUCAUCACCAUGCCAUCCCUCUACUGUGCUCCUAGUCUUUAUGGCCCUUGCUUUUGGUGUGGGGGCUGAUCAGCUGAAAGAGAGGAGCUGUGAUGUGAUCGGUGAUGAAAGCAGUGAAUCACAAAUGGAAAGAGCCCUGCUGAAGAAACUAGAGCCCCUGAGCCAAAUAAGGUUUAACUUGACUGUGGAGAAAGGCAAAACAGAAAAUUACAUCUACCAAUUCAGGGUGUGCAGGGAGGUCAACAGCACCUUGUAUGAUUUUGGUGGCCUAGUGCAAACAGAUAGACAGAAUGGAAAGACCACUGUCAUAGGAAGAAUCAAUGAAACCCAGGUCUUCAAUGGAAGUGACUGGAUCAUGUUGAUUUAUAAAGGAGGUGACUCAUAUGGUAGGCACUGCAGUGGUGAGAAGAGAAGAGCUGUGAUAAUGAUUUCUUGCAAACGGGGAGUUACAGCGAGUUCAUUCAGCAUUAUUUCGGAAGAGCGGGAAAAGGAGCAGGACUGUUUCUACCUCUUUGAGAUGGAUAGCAGUGUGGCUUGUCCAGCUGAAGAUUCCCGCCUCAGCGUUGGCUCUAUUCUACUGAUCAUAUUUACUUCUCUGAUUGCAGUCUACAUCGUUGGUGGCUUCCUCUACCAACGCCUUGUAGUGGGAGCAAAGGGUAUGGAGCAGUUUCCUCACUUUGCCUUCUGGCAAGAUCUUGGCAAUUUGGUGGCGGAUGGCUGUGACUUUGUCUGCAGAUCUAAGCCUCGAAAUGCACCAGCUGCAUACCGUGGUGUGGGUGAUGACCAGCUGGGUGAGGAGUCUGAAGAACGGGAUGACCACUUGCUACCAAUGUGAUAAGCUUUCAACAACGAGUUCUUCUCUUCUCACCUCUCCCAGUGCUUGUUUAGGCAGGUGCCUCCCAGCCAGUUCUCCUUCUCUCACUACUGAUUUUCUUUAUGCUGUUUGCUUUCACUAUCUCUGGUGUGUCAAGUCCCGUGGACACCUCUGGCUGGUCCUUGAUGGCAUAUCUUACAAAUAUAUUGCUGUUUGAGGGUUUUAAAAAAGCAGCAGAGGUGGAGCAUGGGGAAGAGUACUGAGAGUUAAGUAGAAGACAGCAAGAAAGCAAUAAGAGCAUUGAGCAAGAAUAGGAGCUGGAUCACUGACAGGUGAAUAUGCCAUGGACGGGUACAGGAAAGGGAAGUAAAAGGGGACCAUGAGUUGAAACAGCUGAGACUAGGAAGGAUCUAUUGUGAUUUGCAUUUGCAUUUUUUCUCCCUGUCUAGGGGUUACAGGAUUUGUAAGACACUGGAAUUACUUUUCUUUCAGCUUUUCUAGCUUCUGCACUGUUACACGCUGUUUCUGCCAGCAUAACCUGCACAGUGCUCCGCAUCAGACUCUGCGAGGGUGGAGAAGUCAUUAGUACCUCUGCAGUCUUUUUUUUUUCCUAAUGGCUAUACACCAGUUUUCCUUCAGUAACUGUAAAGGGAUGCUUGCCAUCCUCUCAGACUAGAGAGGGGCAAUGCUAAAAAACACCCAAGAAAACAUAGGAAUUAAAUGCAGCUUGACUUUCUAGUUCAGUCAAAAUACUGCCUAAAUCUUCUCAGUUACUGAGAAACAAAAGGAAAUUAUGUCCUGCUGAGUAAAGGAAAUAUAUAAUGAAACAGACAUCAAAGGAAAAUAAAGACAGGCAGCUGCCACUUGAAUUCUGUUACAUGCUCCCUGAGCUGACUGCCCACACAGCUCACUCACCAUCAGCUUUCCGAUCUCCUCUCCCUAAGUUCCCUUUUUGGCAGAAGGUUUUCCCAUGCUGCUACCAGAAUUAAUUUAUCUGAAAAAGGAACCAUAGAAGCCAAGGAUAAUGCUUUACUCUUGCACUGACUGGUCAGCUUUCCUAAAUCACUGUCCCCUUAAGCAUGAUGCAGACCAGUUCCACACCCUGUGCACAUGGUACUUGCCUACUGCUACUGGCUGGGAGUGAAGGAAGCCUUCUGCUAGGGCUUUGGUGUAAAGCAGGUACAACUGAGUUGCAAGACUUAAUUGGAACCUUCAGGGACACUGGGUACUGUUUCCCAAUUGCUUUUUAUUUGAGGGGCUAAACUAAGCAAUUUUACUUCAUCCUGUUGUAAACAGCCAGAAAAUUGUCCUCUCUUAAAGGCAGGGACUGUGAAUAAGCAAGCCACUACUGAUAACAGUAGAGUAUAGACAAGCUUUGUGUGUUUUUAAUACUGCUAAAGCUGUCUGAACUGAUAAAGGGGGGAAAGGGUGGCCCUGCUGUCUUGGCGGGCUUUAGAGUGGGCAAGCAAUUUCUGCUUUCUGGAGAUAAGAGUCCAAUCCCUCUGCCAAAGCAGGCAUGUCACACGAGAACACAUCCAGACAGGUCUUCAAAGUCUCCAGGGGAGACUCCACAACCUCUCUGGGCAGCCUGUUCCAGUGCUCUGUGACCCUCACAAUGAAGCUUUUCCUCAUGUUGAGGUGGAACUUCCUGUAUGCUGGUUUGUAUCCAUUGCCCCUUGUCCUAUCACAGGGCACCACUGAAAUGAGACUGGCCCCUUCUUCUUGACACCCACCCUUCAGAUAUUUGUAAAUAUUAGUAAAAAGCCCUCAGUCUUCUCCAGAUGAAACAGCCCCAGGGUUCUCAGCCUUUCCUCAUAAGACAGAUUUUUCCAGAACCUUAAUCAUCUUCAUAACUCUGUUGGACUCAGUCUACUCUAUCCCUGUCCUCCUUGAACUGGGGAGUCAAAAACUGGACCCACUACUCCAGAUGUGGACUUAACUGGGGUAAAGGGGGAGGAGGACCUCCCUUGACACUCUUUGCAAUGUACCCUGGGAUACCAUUGGCUUCUUGGCCACAGGGCACAUUGCUGUCCCAUGGAGAACUUGCCAUCUGCCAGCUGGAACUCCAGCGUACUUCUCCAUGGAGCUGCUUUUUAACCCCUCAUCGGUACUGGUGCGUGGUGGUGUUCCUCCCCGGGUGCAAGACUCUACCCUUACCCUUAUUCUUGCUGAACCUCAUUGAGGUUCCCUCUUGCCCAGCUCUGAUCUGUCCAGAUCUUGCUGUGUAUAUUUAUUUUGUUAUGUUCUCAAUCUUCUUUGUAAGACAGGAAACAUAGGAAGCUGCCAAGUCUGUUACUGUUUCUCAUGGUGGUGAUUAAGGUGGAUUUUUUGGUACAAAACACAACUUUCAAAAAUAAAAUGACAAAACCCGUGGUGAAGCGUUGUGCUGAGGGAACAGGAGCUGUUCUUGGGUAAAUAAGAGUCUCUGACACCAAAGGUGAAGGGUCCUUCAGGUGUGGUGCCUUGUGGUUGGAACACAUCUCUCUUCUUUGCUAGUGCAUGGGGUUUUUUUUGCUGCUACCUUGUAUCACUCCAUUUCCCCCCACAGGGAAGAGAGAGGGGGAUUAUACACACAUCUUUCAAAACUGAAACUUGAGACACUCAGGUAGUUAAUGGAGGGGAAAAGUCUCCUAUGCUGUGUAUUUCUCUGCAACAAUAAAAAUCAAAAGUAGCUUUUUGAUGAA